GGAGGAGGAGGGGGAGAAAUUCUGCGUUGGCGCCGUCUCCCGCGUGCCCCGAUCGCGCUUGGGGGCUCCUCCAGCGCCGCCCGGGGGAGGGAGCAGGUUUUUGUUUGACUAACCGUUGGACCGCGAGGGGUGUUGAAAGCUUUUUUCCCCCACUGCGCAAAAGAAAGUCGUCAAACAAGGAAGCAUUUGCUGCCAGCAGGUAACAUCCUCAGUGCCUUGGAAGGAGCAAAAGAAAUGCAGUUUGCAGAAACCCACCGCCUAAAGAUGCUUUUUAAAGGGACCCUCGCCGUCAUCUUGCUUUCGGGGAUCCUCCCCACCUACACCAAGGAAUCCCGCAGCCACGUCUCUGUGAUCCUCCUGGGGGCCACGGGGGAUUUAGCCCAAAAAUACCUCUGGCAAAGUUUGUUCCAGCUUUACGUGGACGAGGCCACCCACGGGCACACUUUCACCUUCUACGGGGCCGGUCAGAAGGCCCUCGAGCUGGGGCGGAAGCUGAUGUUUGACCGCCUGAAAAAGCUGGCCUGCUCGCCAGAGGUGCCUCCCAACAGAUGUGCCGUGUUGAAAGACCAGUUCUUGAAACUGACUGAAUAUCACCAGCUCCAAAGGGCAGAGGACUAUGCCAGCCUUAGCCAGGCGAUUAAGACCACCCUCGCCCAGGAAGAUCUGGUGGAAACGGGCCGCAUCUUUUACCUCUCCGUGCCACCGUUCGCCUACGCCGAAAUUGCCCGACAUAUUAACAGCAGCUGCAGGCCGCCAUCCGGAGCCUGGUUGCGGGUAGUGUUGGAGAAACCGUUCGGCCACGAUUUGGGGUCUGCCCAACAGCUGGCAGACGAGCUCGCGUCGGUCUUCCGCGAGGAGGAGCUGUACCGUGUGGAUCACUACCUUGGAAAGCAGGCGGUGGCUCACAUUUUACCCUUCCGGGACCAGAACCGACGGCAUUUGGACCCUCUCUGGAACCGGCAUCACGUGGAACGCGUGGAAAUCGUUUUGAAGGAGACGGUGGAUGCGAAAAAUCGCACCGAGUUUUACGAAAAGUACGGGGUCCUCCGCGACAUGCACCAGAACCACCUCACCGAGAUACUGAUGUCGCUCGCCAUGGAACUGCCAGCCAACAUCACCAGCUCAGAAGACAUCCUCCGAAGCAAGCUUGGCACGUUCGCCCGCUUGCGGAGCCUGGAGAAGACCAGCGCCGUGAUUGGCCAGUACGAAGCGUACAGCGCCCACGUGAGGGAGGAGCUUCAGAAGGGGCGGGACUAUUUCACCAGGACGCCAACGUUUGCAGGGGUGCUGGUUCAUUUGGACAAUCUGCGCUGGGAAGGGGUACCGUUCGUCCUCGUGUCCGGCAAAGCCCUCGAUGAACGGGUCAGCUACGUCCGCGUCCUCUUCAAGAACCGGGCGCACUGCAUCCAGAUGGAGAGCGCCUGGGACCCCGAACACAGCCGGUGCAAGCCCAGACAGGUCAUCUUUUACAUCGGUCACGGAGAGCUGAAUUCCCCCGCUGUCCUGGUCAGCCACAACCUGUUCAAGCCAGCCAUGCCGCACGGCGGCUGGAAAGAAGUCCUGGAUCGCCCGCAGCUGCGCCUUUGGGGUCAGAGCCUCUCCGAUUAUCAUGUCUACGUCCCCGUAACCGAGCGGGACUCCUAUUCCUUCCUGCUCUCCGCGAUCUAUCACGGGAAGAAGGAAUCCUUCAUCACCACGGAGGAUCUGCUGGCCUCGUGGGUGUUUUGGACCCCCUUGCUGGAUCAGCUUAGCCACGAGUCGCCCCGGCUGUAUCCCGGCGGCCAAGAAAACGGGCACCUCCUGGACUUCGAGAUGGACGGUAAGGAAGUGGCUUUUGUGGCCAGGGAGACGCUCGAGGUGAUCGACGCCGAGGAGAAGCACACGGCCGACAGAUUCCAGACCCUGCUUUCCACGUUUCGAGAAAGCCCGCUGAUUACCGCCUGGGCGGACGAACUCGUCGGCCGUCUGGCGUCCGACAUAGAGGCUGCGGCGGUGAGUGCCGUCGGGAGGAGCGGGGAAUUCCACUUGGCGCUUUCGGGCGGGUCGAGCCCCUUGGCCUUGUUCAGGCAACUCAGCGGGCAUCACUACGGCUUCCCCUGGGGGCAGACUCAUCUGUGGCUGGUGGACGAGCGCUGCGUCCCACUCGCCGACCCGGAAUCGAAUUUCGGCCACCUGCACCAGCACCUGCUGCAGCACAUCCGGAUUCCUUAUUUCAACAUCCACCCGAUGCCGGUGCACCUCAACCGGAGGCUUUGCGUGGAGGACGACCGAGGCCCGGAGCUGUACGCCAACGAGAUCGGGGCCUUGGUGGCCAACUCCAGCUUCGACCUGGUUGUCUUGGGAAUGGGCGUCGACGGGCACACGGCCUCUCUCUUCCCGCGCUCGGCGGGCCUCGAGGGGGACCGGGACGUGGUGUUCACCGAGAGCCCGGUGAAACCUCACCAGCGCAUGAGCGUCACCUUGCCGCUUAUCAACAAAGCCAAGCGGGUGUUGAUCUUAGUCAUGGGGAAAAGCAAGCAUGACAUUGUGACCGUUGUCAGUCGGGCAGGGAACGAGCCCCAGAAAUGGCCGGUGUCGGGCGUGAAGCUCAGAGACGGCCAGAUCUCCUGGUAUGUGGACUAUGAAGCCUUAUUAGGGUGAUCUUUGAGGGGCUGUGGGUCGCCCCUCACCUGGCCUUUCUCAACAGAAAUCCUUCAGGGGACGGUGUGAAAAUUGGCUGGGGGUUUAAGGAGAAAAGUGCCAUUUUUUUCCUGAUUGGACCACCCCAAACUAGGCUGUGGUUCUUCUGAUUAAAUCAUCUCGUGACAACCAGCCAGAUUUUCUCAUCGGCCCGGAAAGAGCCCAAUUCGUUGUUUGCCAGGACCUGUGAUGGGGGGAUCCUCUGCAUUUGUAGGCUUCCUUGAAAGAGUUUGCAGUCCUUGCUGCCCUCCCCUCCCUUGUUAAUUUAUCUAAUUCUUCUUCAUGGCCUUCACUGCCACACCUUGUGGUGCUGAGUUCCCCUGGCUAAGAUUUGGAUCUGAAAGCUUGCCAGCGGGGAAUUGGAGACGGACGAAAUAUUUCCUGGUUCUCUCUACUGCCCUAGUCAAGUUACAACUUGGCUGUGUGCCUCGGUUCCCCCCUCUGGAAGAAGGGGAGUUGUAAAACUACCUACCUCUCAGACCGACCUGCAGUUUAAUCCCAGGUAAAAGAUAUAUAUUCUGCACUGCAAAGGCGUCUGGCACCAUCAGUCCAGUUUCGGAAUAAAAUUGGGCAAACUGGGUGUAGCGAUGUUCGGCUAAGGACCGACUUCAGGUUUAUGAGAUCUUGCCACGCGUUGGUCGCUCCUCUUGAGAAUGGAAAAAUGCAGACCGUUUCAAAGACCGUUUGGCCUGUGUUUUCUUAGACGUUUUGCUGAGUUCAAGAGACCGCCCGUCCAGACAGAGGUGGGCUUUACAGACUCUGCUGGUGACCCUCUGAUUUAAAUCAGCGUAGUUCUGCUCGAGAUCGCAGAUUUAGUCUGCAGUCUGGUUUUUCUGUGGGGUCCAAAACUGACUUGGGGUGAGUGGAAAAACAGAGGAAUUACACUCUACCACCAGGUGGUGCCAUUUCCUAAUUCUCAGUGAGUCCGAAUUUUUAUUUUUCAGGAUAAAAUAUCCUGCACAAGGGUGGGAAGAGCUUCUCCCCAGUCAACAAUGCACCGGUGGGGGUGAUGGGAACUGUAGUCUGACAUCCCUGAAGGACACUAACUUACAAAAGGCUACCCCAGCAUAAAAAACAGUAGGGAUCAAACCUCAUUUGCUUUUUCUCAGUUUAAAACCAGAGAUGACUGUGUUUGGUUGAAAGGAACGUCGACUCACGCAGGGACACGCUUGGUGAGCAUCUUCAGUUUCGUCUAGAGCAGUUGAUCAUGCAGAGACGAGCCAGCAACCACCUCUAAAACCAGGUUCUGCUUAUUUCUGCCUGAAAUCUGUUCUUGCAGCACUGAGGGUCAAUGAGUCAGUCGGUCUGGGAAUUAUUGCAAUAACAAGAAUGUGCCUUAAAAAGCUACUUCCUGCCAUGGUGUUUUUCAAACAUGGCAACUUAAAGGUGGGUGGACUUCAACUCCCAGAAAUCCCCAGCCAGCAUGGGGAAUUCUGGGAAGUGAAGUCCACCCACCUUAAAGUUGCCAAGUUUGAAAAACAUUGGUUUAAACAGAUGUUUUCCACCUGGGAUUUUGAAUACUACUGAUGUUUUUAAACUGAAUCUCCUUGUUUGUCCAAAAGAAUCAAUGUUCAGUAUUUUGUACACCUCAAAUAAGUUUUAAAAUUUUGUAAAAGAAAAUGUCACUGUCGUAAUAAAUCGUUUGCUCUUGUAUUAAAGGAGAAGCGCUGCGUUUGCUGG